UUAUAGUGUCAGAGGUCUCCUAGAUUGAUGCAGGGGUGCUGUCGAAAGCCUGCAGUUUGAGAAAAUAAAGCAGACUCAUUUAUCCCGGGUUUUAUAAUCGUGCCGGAAGAUGGUGGCUAAACAGAGGAUCCGCAUGGCCAACGAGAAACACAGCAAGAACAUCACGCAGAGAGGAAACGUGGCCAAGACGCUGCGACCACAAGAGGAGAAGUAUCCUGUGGGUCCCUGGCUGCUAGCCCUCUUUGUAUUUGUUGUGUGUGGAUCAGGGUACUCCAAUAGGGCUCACACUUGUCUAUCGUUGGGAACUCUAUCAAAACUACUUGAGACACAAAUGGCAGCUCCCUGGGUGAAAGUCCUGUCCAUAUUUCAGAUCAUCCAGAGUAUCCGUAUGGGGAUGUGACGCAGAAGGAGCAUUCCUACCCCGCCCGCACCCUCACAGAGCCUGGCUAGCCUGCACCCCCCUGACCCCAUCCAGAGGCCUCGGAGACUGAUGCUACAGCCCUCAGAGAGCGAAGCCUCCCCAUCCACACGCCCAUCCUGGGGACACCCAUCCCCCCCUCGAUCAGUGUUUACAGUGUUGCAGUCUGUGGUACGGACAGCUUUUCUAUGGACAGUCUCAAACCACGCCGGCUGGAGAACAUGUGUGUCUCAUCCUCAGUUGGCACUUGUUUGUGUGUAUGAAGUUUUGACUGUUUACGUGAAAGUGUGUGUGCAGCCAGUGAAUCCUGCUGACUAUGUGCCAUAUCUGUCUGUUCAAGUAUUUUUCUGUGAUGUGUGAAAAUAAUCUUUUUUCAAAUAAAUGUCAAGACAAAGUUUUACUUCUUUCAUAGUCCCUGUGUUUAUCAGUGCACACACACAAUAUUGCUUGGCUUUCAUUAGGGUAUUAAUACAUGAAAAAGCAAUUCAAUAAA